UGCGCGGCCGCAGCCAGGGGGAGGCUUUGGGGGCUAUUUCGCCACCAGCCUGCGCUGUGCUGCGUUUAGUCUAGCAUGAGACAACCAAGGGUGAGCACCCGAGUUUUCACACAAUAAAGGUGCCGAAGGGGACCGAGCACUCCGGGGAUACCACCGACCCACGGGAGGGAAGCGUGCCACCAUGUACAAGACCAGCUACCUGCACGAGGUGCGCAAGGAGAAGUUUGAGCGUUCAGAUGUCUUCGAUGAGGAACCUUCGGACUCUGAAUCCUCUGCGGGCAUCUCAGCCAUCCAGGGCUGGGAGAGCCUCCAGGAGCUCAACAGCCGCUUCGCUCGAUACAUCAACCGGGCGCGCGUCCUGGAGCAGCGCAACGCCGUGUUCCGCAAGCAGCUGGAGACGCUGCAGCGGAUGGAAGAAGCCAGCGGGCUGGAGGAGGCCUUCACGGAGCAGACGGACGUCAACAGGCAGCGCAUCCGGGAGCUGUCCUCUGACCACUCCAAGCUGGAGCGAGAGCUGAGGGAUGCCUGCCGCAUGAUGGAUGAAUUCACCAGCAAAUAUAGAAAUGAAUGUGAUUAUCAAGAACAGCUUCGGUGCACACUGGAACAAUUGAACAAGGAGGCUGACAGUUCUCUGCUGAGAAACCUGGAGUACCAGAUCCAAUCCCAGUUCCUGCAGGAUGACAUCAACUCCACCAGAGAUAGACACAAGAAGAACCUUGCAGAGAUCCAGACCUAUGUAAACAUUUUACAGCAGAUCAACCAGACACUUCCCCUUGCUCCCAAUGUGUCAGCGGGCAUCUCCGAGGAACAGGAGAAGCUGCUGGCCCAGAGGAAAGUGCCAGGGCUGCAGAGUCAGCUGGAGGAAUAUAAGAGCGCCCUCUGUCAGCUGCAGGCCCAGAAACACCGCCUACAGACUGAGACUACAGUGUUGGAGCAAACCAUCAAAAACACACAGGAGACUUAUGACGACGAGAUCCAGAUGUACAACGAGCAAAUUGAGUCUCUGCGGAAGGAGAUCGAGGAAGCUGAACGGUCCCUCGAGAAGUUCACCAGUGAAUGUCGCCACCUGGCCAUGUACGAGACGUCCCUUGAGAACGAGCUGGAGAGGUACAAAAGGAUCAUCGAGAACGAAGACAACAGGUUGAAUUCAGCGAUAAUUGGCACUCCCAUUACCCUGUUCACCACUAAUUACCGCUACACUCACACACCCACUGCAUCGAGCAGGGGGAGAGAUAUCACCCAGGCUAUCCAAGAUAUCACCAGCGUCAAGCCCCGCCAGAAGAUCCUGGCCAAGAAGGUCCUGAAGAAGAAAGAACUGACCCCGAAAGAUGUGAUGGACAGCAGCCAGGAGGAGAGAAGCGGGGGAGCCGCUGGCGAGGCUCCAGAUGAGGAAACGAAGGGGAUUCGAGUGCAGGAGGAGAGGGUGAAGAGGGAAGAGCAGAGACCUGUGUUCACUGGAGUGUCUCCACAGGAUGUCCCGGACGGAGCUCAGAUCAGCAAGGCCUUUGACACUCUUUGUAACAUCGUCAGAGACAGAAUGAGGAAGUACAAGAAGCCUGAGCCAAUCGCUGACUUCUACACCAAGGGCCGUUACGUCCUCGUCACCGGCGACGGCAGCUACCCAGAUCCGUGCUUCUACUCCUCCACGCCAUCAGCCGGCCACAUCUUCGUCACCAUCAGAGAUGGGAUGAUGCCUCCCUAUGAGCCUUACGGACCCAUCACACCCUCUCCUGCACCUCCACCUCUACCUCCUCAGCCCAUAGUGGACCCCAGGCCUCCCAAGCCUCCCAGUCCCACCCCACCCUCUAAUGGAGGAGGAGGAGGAAAGGACGAUGAUAAGGGUGGGAAAGGAGGUAAAGGUAAGCAUAAGAAAGGAGAGCCUCAACCUUACUCCAUAGAUCCGACCCCAAACCCUUCACCCCCCGGCCCCAAGGAUCCCACCCAACCCGAUCCCAAGAAAAGCCGGGAUGGCAACGGCCCCACUCCAAAGCCUGCGCCCCGCGGUGCCAGCACCAGCUCCAGCUCCAGUUCCAGUACCAAUACUAGCUCUAGCUCUGGAAGCUAUACCCCAGAAGCCAUGAGCUACGAGAAGCUGGAGGUGGUGGAGUCUGUGGAGAAGUUCUCCAAUGAUGGCCGCAAGGUUAAAGGUUACGAGGAGACGUCCAUGGUGGUGGAGACCAUGAUCGAGAAGUCCAGCAAGAAGAAACAUUGAAACCACGUCACCUGAGUCAGUCAGCUCCACUAGGGUCCUUACAUGGUUCCUCUAACAAGAAGACAAUACUGAUAAACACCACUCAAAUCCUCAAAGUGCUGUAAUGAGAUCAAUAUGUUUGUCUCUGAGGGAAACCAACCAUGCUUAAAGACCAACUACACAUUCCUGCUCUGAUAUUCAAUGCUCUUCCAUUUGCUUGCAGUCUCUGGUCUUGCGUCCAGAAUACGUUUUGCUGGUUCCAUAAGUACUUCCGUUGUUGUUCGACUUAACACCCAUGCUCAUGCCAACGAGUCCUUUACUGUCUGAAAACUUGGGACAAUGAAAAAAUGAAGCUCCAAGCCACCAAUAAAAAUGAAUAACAAAAUAAAUAAAUAAAAAACUGAGAAGUUGUGCCACCCCUCUGAACUCUGUCUUAGAACUCCAACUCUCCCCUUUGAGCCCAUUUGUUCAAUUAGAUGCCACUACCUGCCCUCAGCACAAUUUUGCUGUGUAUUAAUUUGCUUUGAUAUAUUGAAUAAUAAAAACAAAAGAUUCAAACAUCAA